AUGGACAACAAAGACUUCGUCGUCAACGUCGAGACCUCCGCCGUCAUCGCCGCCGCCACCUCCACCACCUCCGACGGGAACCACAGUCGAGAUCCAACAUACGCGUUCUUGAAAGACAACAACAACACCAACUCCAAUGCAAACCCCAUCACAAGCGCCGCCUCCUUCCGCCGCCGCUCCUCCACCCUCCACCGCCUCAAAACCCGCUGCCGCUUCUCCGACGAAAUCUCCCACUCCCCCCCUGCCGACCAAAACGACGACGACGAAGACCCAUUCCUCGACGACGACAUCUCCGGCGUUCCCUCCUCUCGCUGGAAUCCCAAACCCUUGAAGAUCCUCCAAUGGAUCAGCCUCUUCUUGAUCCUCACUUUCCUCUCUUGCUCCCUUUCGAUCCAUCUCCUCCAACGCAUUAAGCUCUGGGGUCUCCAUCUCUGGAAAUGGGCGCUCCUAGCUCUUGCCCUAGUGUGCGGCCGCCUCGUCUCCGGCUGGGCCGUUCGCAUCGUCGUCCUCCUCAUGGAACGCAACUUUCUCCUCCGUCGCCGGGUGCUGUACUUCGUCUACGGCCUUCGCCAUGCCGUCCAAAACUGCCUCUGGCUCGGCCUCGUCCUCCUCGCUUGGCAUUUCAUCUUCGAUGGUGCUUUGGAACGCCGGCCGGAUUCUAAGCCUCUCUCGUACAUCACCAAGGUUCUCCUCUGCCUUUUGGUUGCCACUCUGUUUCGCCUUGCCAAAACCCUUCUUGUCAAAGUUCUUGCAUCUUCUUUCCAUGUGAGUACCUAUUUUGAUCGGAUUCAAGAGUCUCUGUUCAAUCAGUAUGUCAUUGAGACGCUCUCUGGGCCUCCUGUCAUUGAGAUUCAGCACCGUAGUUGUGAACAGAAACUUCAAAAUGGACGCUUUAAGAGUGUGAAGUUCUCUGCAGAUGUUUGUAGGAAGGAUGGCAAUGGUAAGAAGGAAGAGGAAGGGAUUAGGAUUGAUCACUUGCAUAAGCUUAAUCAGAAGAAUGUUUCAGCUUGGAGCAUGAAGAGAUUGAUGAAGGUUGUUCGAUAUGGGUCUCUUUCCACUCUUGAUGAGAGGAUAUUUGAAGCAGGAGAUGAAAAUGAGUCUGAGAAAGAGAUACGAAAUGAAUUUGAGGCUAAAGCUGCUGCUAAAAGGAUUUUCAAUAAUGUGGCAAAACCUGGAUCAAUGUACAUUUACUUGGUGGAUUUGAUGCGUUUUCUGAAGGAAGAUGAAGCAUUGAAAACUAUUACUCUCUUUGAAGGAUCCCGGGAACAUGACAGAGUUAGCAAGAAGUCCCUCAAGAACUGGGUGAUAAAUGCUUUUAGAGAACGGAGAGCCCUAUCUUUAACACUAAAUGAUACUAAAACAGCGGUAAACAAGCUUCACCAGAUGGUCAACAUAAUUGUUGGCAUUAUUGUGUUUGCUAUAUGGCUUCUUAUUUUAGGCUUGGCAACAACCCAUUUUUUGGUUUUCAUCUGCUCUCAACUAGUUGUCGUGGCAUUUAUUUUCGGUAACACUUUGAAGAUGAUUUUUGAAGCUAUCAUUUUCUUAUUUGUCAUGCAUCCCUUCGACGUCGGCGACCGCUGUGAAGUGGAAGGAGUUCAGAUGAUUGUGGAAGAGAUGAAUAUCCUUACAACUAUUUUUCUGAGAUUUGACAAUCAGAAGAUAUCAUAUCCAAAUAGUGUGCUUGCUACAUUACCAAUCAGCAACAUUUAUAGAAGUCCAGACAUGGGAGACUCAAUUGAUUUCUGUGUCCAUGUUGCAACUCCAAUGGAAAAGCUUGCUGUCAUGAAAGAAAGAAUCAUAAGGUUUAUUGAGGAUAGGAAGGAACAUUGGUACCCAAAUCCUUCAGUAGUACUUAAAGAUGUGGAUGAUAUGAACAGGCUGAAGAUAUCCAUUUGGUUAAGGCACAGGAUCAAUUACCAAAACAUGGGUGAGAGGUGGGCAAGGAGAGAACUAGUGGUUCAGGAGAUGAUUAAAGUUUUAAGAGAGCUUGAAAUUGAGUACAGAAUGCUGCCUGUUGAUGUAAAUCUACGCCAGAUGGCUUCUUUGACAUCUGAUCGAUUACCAUGCACUUGGUCAACUUGUAAGUCAUUAUAA